AUGUUUCCCCUAUUGAAGUUGCAUACUCUUUUAAGGUUAAAGGUUUCCUGCUACUAUGUGGUCAACAUCACUCGCACAUUGGCCUUCCUGACCAGGCCGCUUGACAACGAGCCUUUUGCAGAGACUGGGACGGGUCAACUAAUGUUCAGAAUGAGACUCGUUCAGGACGCCUCGUAUAACACGUUCCACCAGGAGGAGGACUAUCCAGUGGUGAGGUACCUGAGACAGCCUCUGCACUUUGAGGUGGAGCUGACCAGGUCCUCUGACCCCAAGGUAGCGCUGGUGCUUGAGCACUGCUGGGCCACCCUCAACGAGGACCGUGACUCCCGACCCUGGUGGAAUCUCAUCAUUAAUGGGUAACAUGUUGUUUUUGGGCCUAAACAAGUGUUAUUCCACAGGUGUGGUUCCUGAGUAAUUAGCAACCUACCAUGCUUGGCAGGCCAUUUACUUUAGCUACCGUGGCUAUGCCCCCAUCCAUAUGUCAUGAGUGGUCACAAUGGUUUGAGCCAUGUGCGGUCUGUCACCAGAUCUCCACCCAAUAUAACACUUAUGGGAGAGUCUGGCGCGUACGAUCACAUGCUUGUUAUCACUGACUGGUCCCUGCAGCGUACCAUUGGAACAUGUAAAUCUAGUUUAGAAAAUAUGGCAGCCAUGUUUGUCAAGCAAGAACUCCCUAAUCCCAGAAUGCCGUUCACUGUGCCCAUUUCCUGAGGUCUUAACUUAGUUUGGCCACUUCAGCAUGUGACAAAUCUGUGUACUUGUUACGGCGUACACAUGACAAGUAGUUUACAGUUAACUAAUCAAAAAGCCAAUACAACCUUAGCACGAAAGCUAAACAGAGUUGCAAGAUAUAGCUCAAUCCAUUUUGGGAGGUGAAGUCCUUGGGGGAAGGUAUUAUGGAGAGGAUGAUGCAGGAAAUAUUAAUAAGAUGGGGAUUUAUCAACAAUAAAUGGCGGGGCAGACAGUUUUUCUAAGCUAAAUAUCCCUGGAAAGGGGGUCUGAUCUGGCAACCCUGAGGUACCAUAGUUUACACUCUGAUGCCGUGUUCAAAUCAACUAACGAAUUCAGUGCAUUCAAGACAAUGGGGGUACUCCAGUUGAGAUCACCAUUAGUCUGACAGACGCGUACGUGAUAACCUGACUGCAUUGUAUGGCGUUAGCAUUAGCUCAUAUUCAGUACCACCUUCAAAAGUGUUUUACACACGUGUCCAUUACAAUCUAGGCAAGAAUCAGAAAGCAUGAAUAAAAUGCUAAGUACAUUAUACUUACGGUACACUACAGUAGAAACGACAGCACGUUACACAGAAAAUAAGGCACUUUGAUCAGAAUGCACGCAUGUCCACAGUUAUUUGUAAGGAACACAAUAAAUGUGCAAGGACUGUAUACUUGAUCUGUGGAAGUGCUUGGGCUUUCUUUUGAAGGAAAGUUUGUCCGGCUCAUUAAAUUCUCAAAUGGAAAUGAUCUGCAACAGUGAAAUGGGCUACAUUUGUGAAUGAAUGAGGCAAAAUUAGAAGUUGAAACGGCCUAUAGAAAAUUAGCAGGUAGUGUGCCUUGGUCUGAGGUCAGCGCGGGUUAAAUGUCCACAUGUUGGAACGGUGAGUGCAUUCUGACAUCACGCGCAUAAAAUCAACUCCCACUGGGGCGACUGUUGAAGAUAUUUGGAACUCGCGUGUGAAAAGGUUAAUGUUGGCGUUACCUACACCUUUUUACUCAAUGUUAUCCUUUUGGUUGGCUAGAGUUCAGUGUUGUGCCAAACUGAUGGUCAGUCAAAUGGAAAUCAAGAGCGGCUGGCAAGCUUGGCUUGCCUUUCCGAUUGGUUUCAAACAACUGCUCUUAACACUGACUGAAUAGUUGUUGGUUUUUUGUUGAAUUCAGGCACAAGUGACUGUCCUAGAGGAAUGCGCUAAUUGGGAGUUGCUAAACAUGAACAAAUACCACGGUCAAGUGUAGCAGCAUCUUGCUAACCUUAUUUAGCUAGCUAAUGUUCAUGUAAAAUCCCUUUUGCCUGAUACCCCCCCCCC